AUGAGACGAAAGGGCCUUAUGAGAGACACAUUGCACAUCACUAUUGAAGAGCAAUUACUGAUGUUCCUUCACACCGUAGGACAUAACCAGCGUAAUCGUGUCAUAGCACAUAAUUUCCUCAGAUCUAGUGAGACAGAUUGUAUUGGAGCUUUAGAUGGGACCCAUAUCCAUGCUUCUGUUCCUGUAUCUGAAGUUGCAGAAUUUCGUGGGAGAAAAGCAUACUCUACACAAAAUGUACUUGUUGCUGUUGAUUUUGACUUACAUUUUACCUAUGUUCUUGCUGGAUGGGAAGGUUCAGCACAUGAUGCUUUAGUUUUACGUGAUGCACUUGAAAGACCAAAUGGCCUAUCAGUCCCUGAAGGGAAAUAUUACUUAGUCGAUGCUGGAUACGCAACUCGACCGGGUUUUAUAGCUCCAUAUAGAGGCGUUAGAUACCAUCUUAAAGAAUUUGGCUCACAGACACCGGCUAACCAUAAAGAACUUUUUAACCUUCGUCAUUCAUCAGCCCGUACCACCAUUGAACGAGCUUUUGGUUCUCUUAAGGGACACUUCAAAAUAUUCUCAUCAAGACCAUUCUUUCCAUUUAAAACUCAAGCUGAACUUGUGUUAGCUGCAUGUAUUUUGCAUAAUUAUAUUAUAAGUGGAGGAGAAGACAUUUUCAUACCUUCUGAGGAAGAAUGGACACCACCACGACCACCAUCAGAAAGAAACAUGAGAGAACAAAGGGAGGAGGUCAAUGAAUGGGUGGCACAUAGAGAACAAAUUGCACGUGAUAUGUGGACUAACAAAUAGACAAUUGGCUACUUGUUCUUAUGAAAAAUUGUGCUGCCUUUUCUAAUCAAGACCAAUGAUGUUAUCAUGUGUUUUUUUGUCAUGUUAUGGGCUUGUACUUGUUUAUUACUUUUUGUUUUUCUAUGAAUUAGUUUUUCAUUUGUA